AAGCUCAUGACAUUCCCGGCAUUUUAGGAGUUUAUUUACAAACUUAAUUUUCAUUAUUUACAAAUAGUUUGCAGUUUUUUUUUGAUAUUUGCAAUUCACUUACAAAUUGAAUAGCGGUCAUACUUAAAAACAAAUUUUUUAUCUAAAAAUCAAGUGUUUGUCAUUUAUCGCCUAUUUUAGAUAACGUUUCACAUUGAAGGGGAUUCUAAGUAUACUUUAAGGCAGUAUUCAUAAAAAUCAUGGAUUAUCAAGAGAAUGAAGCUGAAGAUUAUGAAGAAGAAAAUCCAACAACAAUUAACUGGAAACCAUCAAUGGUAUUGGUUGCAAUCGACUGCAAUCCAUCAAUGUUUAUAACUCGUACUGAUGAUGAAGGAAAUGAGACACACCCAUUUAAAGAUGCCCUUACAGCUUGUUAUGAGGUGGCUGAUUCUCUUAUUGUUGCAAAAUCGAAAAGUUUUAAUCAUUUUGGGGUUGUUUUAGCUGCUGAGGAACCUAAGGUUACUUUAACUGACAUCCAAACUGACUUUUUAGAGUCACUUAAACUCCUAAAAGAAAAACAGGAAAUGUCAAAUGAGGAGCUGCAAAGAGAAUAUGAAAGAACAUCUGAUCUAGAUUUAGCUGCAUUCCUAUUACUUUGCAAGAGAAAAUUUAAAAAUGUAGAUACCAGCUACUAUAAAAGAACCCUCAUUUUUAUUACCACAGAUGAUAAUCCGGUUAAAAAUGAUACACAAAGAAAGUUUACAGCUUUGAAGGAAGCAGAAACAUUGGAACCUUGCGAUGUUACUUUAGAAUUGGUUCCCAUGAAUCCAAAUUUUGAUUUUACGUUAUUUUAUAAUGAGAUGUUUCACUUAAUUUACGCAAAUACGCCUAACAGAGAGGAUAUCUAUCCUGAUAAGGACAGUUUAGUGGAGAAGUUGAAUUCAGCAAUUGCUUGCAGGCACAAUAAAAUUAGAUACAAUUUCUUUCCAUUUCAAGGAGAUUCCAGUCGAAACUUAAAAGUAAUGAAGGUCAACUAUAUUCGUAAAGCACAAUUUUUAAAUACAGCAAAAGCUUCCCAUGAUGGCAGAAUGCUGGUACAGUACAAGGAACCGUCAGAAGUCCCUGAGCCAGAAACUUUUAUCCUUGAUGGCGGCGAUUGUGGUGAAAAUAUAAAGUUUGACUUAAGUGAUAAAUGUGAAAUCCUACAGGAUGACUUGGAGCUUGGUUUUCAUUUGCAGUAUGUGUCUAAUAGGCAGACGGAUAUUGGGAUAGUAAUAAGUGAACCCAGCAUUCUAAUAGUUGAUCCUAAGGAGGAACUAAAACACUAUUUUGAAGAGAUUUGGCAGUAUUGUGCUGAUAAAAAUAAGGUAUUGGUUUGCCUAAAAAAAUUACGAAAUCCGAGCGAUAAACGCUAUGUUGAACUCAUCCCAAAGUUUGCAAUGAACCAGAAAUGUUUUAUGAUCAAAGACAUACCGGUCAUUGAUGAGGAACGUUUUCCAAAAGAACUAUUAGUUAAACAAGAAGAACAGUUUGAAGUAAAACCUAGUAGCAAGCAGAGGGAAGCCGUGAGGAAAUUAAUUGAGAAGUUGACCUGUGAUUAUGAUCCAAGAAUGCUAAUUAAUGCUAGUUAUGGCAAUCAGAAAGCGUAUAUAAAAGCAAAAUUGCUUGACUAUCCAGAGUCUGAUCAUGUGGAUGAUCCCACCGAUGAUAAAGAAGGCAUUAAUGAACAAAUAACCGAUGAGGUAGAUCUUGUGAAAACAGUAUUUCGCGUUGCUUCCGAACCACAGGGAACUAAAAGAAAAACUACUGCAGGCGGUAGUAGCAACAAGAAAGGCAAACGUUAAAACAAACUAUUAUAACGAUUACUAACAUUGUAUUACGCAUUACGUUUUUAUCUUUAUUGUUAUAAAAGUUCUUUAAUAAGCUGGGUAUUAUCAUUUUACGUUUUAUUGUUUUUUUUAUACAAUAAAAUUUUAAAUACCAUGUAAUUUCUAUGUACUGUAAUAAUAAAAACUAUCUAAAUUUUGUAAAAUGGUAUAAAUAAAGAUUUAUUUUCUUUGAAUAA